CCUGUCACAUGACAGCAGUCCGACGUCUUACCUCGCAUAACUAGGACACAGGUUUUUUCCAUUUGCAGCUUUUUCGGUUUUAAUUAGUUUGUGAUUCUUUUUCUAAACGAUUUGCACAUUUUUUUUCAACUGGGAUCUGUCUGUGCAUACGAGUAGAGCUGUCGCAUCAAACACUUCCUGCUUCCUGCAGAGACUCCGCAGCGCUGCUGUCAGAAGGGCCAACGGUGUGACCGGAGGAUUUGAGUCAUAAGUUUCACUUGAGUUUAAGACGUCGAGAGGCAGUUGUCGCUGUUGCAAUAGAAGGGAUAUUUUAAAAAGGAGAAUCUAAAACACGGCAGCUGCUGAGAGAAAUUUGGGGUUCAUAAUAGUGUCUUCGACGGGUCUGGAAACUGAGCUCAGUCUCUGUACAGAACGGGAGAAGGAGAAGGAGAGAAAGGAGAUGAAGGCAGCGAUGCUGGGGAUCUGUAUGUUGUUGGUGUCAGUUUUGGACGCCUCUCCACUGCGUAAGGCGCACAAUUCACCCGUGUCUAUGGGAGAGUACGUCAUCGAUUCCGGAAAGGCGCUGUCUCAACUGAAGGCUUGGUUCGGGUGGAGAAAUCUCACUUGCCCUAUCUGUAGAGUCGUGUUCACCGCAGUCGAUGUUGCUCUUCUGAGUGAGAAGAUUGAAGACAGAGUGGCAGCCUUGGCAGCCAGAGUGUGCAAGGAACUGCACCUUGCAGAUGAGAGGGUCUGCACUCAGAUUACCGAGCUCUUCAAAGUAGAUGUCAUCUACGUGCUGCGGGAAUCCCUUCUCCGGCCAGCUGAGGUGUGUGCUCUGGUGGUGGGCAGGGACUGCGGGCAUUAUGACAUCUAUGCUGAGUGGAACAUCACCUUGCCAGCUGUGCCCAAGCCUCCAGUGGUGCCCCCCUCUCCUCCUAAACCAGGUUCAGCUCAAAGCAGAGUCCUCUUCCUCACUGAUGUGCACUGGGACCACGACUAUACUGAGGGCACCACCGCUGAGUGCAAGGAGCCUCUGUGCUGCCGGAAUGAGUCCGGUGUUCCUCAUUGGCAUCACAGCGGCGCUGGCCUCUGGGGCACCUACAGCAAUUGUGACCUGCCCCUGCGCACUGUGGAGAACCUCCUUCAGCACCUUGCUGCCACUGGCCCUUGGGACUGGGUUUACUGGACUGGAGACAUCCCUGCUCACAAUAUCUGGGCCCAGACCCGCAGCCAGCAGCUCAUGGAGCUCAGCAGCAUUAGCCAGCUGAUCCACAAGUAUCUGGGCAGCGUGCCCGUUUAUCCUGCAGUGGGCAACCAUGAAAGCACACCUGUCAACCUCUUUCCCCCUCCCUUUGUCCAUGGCAACCGGUCCUCAGCGUGGCUCUAUGACAGGAUGGCAGAUGAGUGGAACAUCUGGUUACCCGCAGCAGCUUUGGAGACACUCAGACUGGGGGGGUUUUACACUGUGGAAAUACAGCCUGGCCUGCGCUUGGUGUCCCUCAACAUGAACUUCUGUGCUAAGGAGAACGUUUGGCUAAUCAUCAACUCCACUGAUCCUGCUGGGCAGCUGCAGUGGCUUAUCAACGUCCUGCAGGAUUCUGAGAACAAGGGCGAGAAGGUACACAUCAUUGGGCAUAUUCCCCCUGGCUUGUGUUUGAAGAGCUGGAGCUGGAAUUACUACCAUAUUGUUAACAGAUAUGAGAGCACUAUUGCGGGACAGUUUUUUGGACACACACACUUGGAUGAGUUCCAGAUGUUCUAUGACGAGGAGACCCUGACCCGCCCACUAGGUGUAGCUUUUAUUGCUCCCAGUGUAACCACCUUUGUCAACCUCAAUCCAGGUUAUCGUGUAUACUACAUGGAUGGUAAUUACUCAGGCAGCUCUCGCUUGGUGCUGGACCAUGAGACCCACAUUCUGAAUCUAACAGAAGCCAACAACCAUACCAUUGGCCCCAGCUGGACUUUGCUGUACAGGGCUCGAGAUAUGUACAAGCUUCAGACCAUUUUCCCUGCUGAUUGGGAUGGACUCAUUAAAACGUUCCUCCAGGAUGACCAUAUUUUCCAAAAGUUCUGGUAUUUGAACCACAAGGGCCAUGUGUCUGAGCCCUGCAAAGAUGUCUGCAAGACUGCUGCUCUCUGCUUCCUGCGCACUGGGCGGUAUGAAGACUCCAAACUGUGUGAUGGUCUUGGCACAGGUGUGUCCUAUACGGACAUUACAAAGGUCAUUAGAAAAAGAGCACUGUGCUAGCCACAUUGGUCCCUUCAGAAUGAGUGGCAAUUCACAGCCUUACAGAACUUAUCACUGCACCUGCCACAUUUUUGCUGCCAAUUCUUUGUAUUGAUCCUCUAAAAUGGCAUGUAUUUUUAUGGAAAUCUGGUCGUCUUCUAUUAGCUAUAUUAAGUAAAUAUUCUGUAUGAAGACUGAAUUAAUUGGAGACUGCUAAAUGGCUCCUACUAUACCUUGAUUCCACACUUGAUUGAACUGUUACCAAGAAGUUGUCUUUAACUUUCAAUCUCAGGCUGUUAUUAGGGUUAGCUUGGUUUUGAAUGUAGGGGGAUUUAUGGUUGCCAUGCACUAAGCCUCAUGUGCCUUUUUCUUCAGAGAGCAGUACAGUAUUAUAUUAUCUAGUAAAUCCUUUAAUACAUGGCCAAGCGUGAAUGGAAUUAUUGAACUCCUGAAUGAUACCAGUCUAGUCAGGAUAAUCUAUUUCCAGGCCCUGCCUGCCAUUUGCUGACUCUCAGAGGUACAGAUGGGUCAGGUGGCCCAGGCACUUGUUUGGGCAUUUGUUUAAGAAGUCAUCAGCGUAACUGUCUGAAAUCAGUGAAAAGUGUCUGUCUUCCAGAUGGUACACAGGACCCUCUGUUUUCAAGUUAUUUCUUGUCUGUCUACCUGCCAUUGAAGCCUUAGUAAGCAGUCAGUAGGUGCCCCUUUUCCCUGCCUUAUGUUAUGCUGUCUGUAAAUAAUGCUGACAUGUUUUGUGAUUGAAUAAAUAAGAUCUCUCAGUAUGUUCAACACUUGCGUAAAAACAAUGAAAUCCCAUUACAGUGAACCAGUAAGCAACAUUCUUCUUUUUCAGUGACUUAAAAUUGAGGUAGACAAGCAGAAACAAAAUUUGGAGUCAUUGUGCAAGAGAAACUACUGUAUGGAAACAGUAUCCCAGAGAGCAUAAGGAUGUCCUGCAGUUGUCUUGUGUGGAUAAGUUGCAAUUCCAAACAGUGUAUUACUGAAGUACUUUUUCAAAAAAGCUUAGUGUACUUAGAAAACGGAUCGCUGAUCAUGAAAUCCUGCUGAUUGAAACAUCAUUAAGGUCUCUUAAAAUUUGGAAAAAUAUAUUUCUUUCUUGCUUUGAGAGCAUGAUUAAUUUGAUCUGUAUAAACAAGAUAACAGUACAAUUUUACAAGGACCUGGUUUUCAUUCCAGUUGAGCUUAUAACUAUUUUCUACACUCAGGACAAGUCUCACAAAUCUCUUUUAUGCGAGUCAUUUCCAAUAAACACCUCUUAUUGUUUAUCCAUUUAUACUGUGCUGAAAAGGGUGGGAUUGACACUGUCAAACUCUUACGAUCAGUGUCUUCAGUGCUGCAUAGGCCCAAGUCAUUAAAAUCAUAAACAAUAAUUGAAAAAUAAAAAGAGGGGGAGUUAAAGCCCAGUACAGGUUUUGUGCCAAUUCUUAACCUCAUUCUACUGUUCAAGAACUGAAGUGUUUUUAAAGCCACACGAUGUAUGCGUGUGCCCUGUGAUAGACAUGUCCACGGUGUAUCAAGUUUUUUACCCAAUUGUUCCCAGGAUAGGUUCAGGCCACCAUGACCCUGAAUUGGAUAGGCAUUUAUUAAAAGUGAUGUUGAUUAAUUUUCAAAAUGUAUCAGUGUUUUGGCUUUAAUUUCCCCAUUAAUACUGAUAUGGCUAACUCAUAGAAUGUUUUGAUGGAAUUAUGAAAAAGUAUACAUUUAUGAAAAAAAUACAUUUGAAUAGUGGUUGAUUUCCUACUUCUUAACACCAACUCUGAACUCCACCAAAUAUGCAACUUAUACUUGAAUUAUUGUAUUCAUACUUAUAUUGGGUCCUGGUUUGGAUUCAGAACUGUGGUGCUUUCUGUGUUCUGAGUGUGCACACGUUUUCUCCCAUCUUGUAAAGAAAUGUUCGUCAGGUUAAUCAGUAUCUCCAAACUGUCCCUGUAUAUUUGUGUUUGCUCUGUGAUUCAUUGGUGUGCGUCCAGGACUGGUUCUAGGUUAUGGCAAUGUUUUCCAGUCUUGAGUAGAAUAACUCUAUGUGCUAUUUUAACAAUUUGCUGGCUUUCUACAUUCCAAAAUAUGGAG